AUGGCUACAAGGUUUAUUUUGGUGGUGGUGGUGGUGUUGUGUAUCUACAAUGCAGGAAGAGUGAGAGCAUCAUGUGAUUGCAAGCUUAGCGCAACUUCAAAACCAGUAGCACCAGAGAUCAUCAACUCAAGACUUGAUGCACAAGAAGCCAUUAUCAACAUAAUCAAAGAGAAGUACAAAAAGUUACAACAAGACAAUCAGGUAAAACUUGAGCGAUUAAAGAACUCCAAAAGAGAUGGUGAGCAUGCAACAGAUAUAGUAUAUACAGAAGGAACUGCCAGAGGGACAUAUUCAUUUAUGGAUAACAAAGGAAGGAAAGUUGAAGGGAUUCUGAAAGCUAUCUUUAACUACAAUGUGGCAUCACGUUUACCAAUAUGGAAAAUUACAGCUGACAAGUUUAAAAUAACAGGAUAUACAUUCAUGCCCUAUUUCCUUGCUUCAACUCCAAUAAGUGGAAGAGUGAGAGCAUCAUGUGAUUGCAAGCUUAGCGCAACUUCAAAACCAGUAGCACCAGAGAUUAUCAACUCAAGCCUUGAUUACCAACAAGAGAUAAUUGACAGACUUGAAAAGCAGUACCAAAACUUAGUACAGAACAAUGAGUUUAAUCUUGAGCGAUUGACGAAUGCCAAAACCGAUGCUCAGCAUAUGACAGAUAUAGCAUAUAAGGAAGCAAAUCAAUGUGCCAAGAAGCGCCAUUUGCGCUGCAUAGAAUCUGGAGAGUGUAUCCAUCAACUAUUUGGCUGUGAUGGAGUGGUCGACUGCCUAGAUGGGUCUGAUGAAGAUAAUACAGUAUGUAUGAAACCUUUCAAGAUAGGUGGUAAGUUCAGGGUUGUUCUCCCUAAAAGUCAGCAAUGUUUCCACAAUGCUUCUUCGUUUGUCCAGUUGGUUACUGCAGUUACAAAGCUUGAAACAAUAAAAUACUUUCCACAGAUUUUCAAAGGAGCUGCUGAAACAGAAUAUACAUUCAUAGAUAACCAAGGAAGGAAUGCUGAAGGCAUCCUAAAAGUUAAAUUUACCCACUUUGUGGCCUCUGGAGAAAUGAUAUGGAAACAUACUGAUGAGGAGCAUAACAAGUACAAUAUGACGGGAUAUGGAUUUUUGCCUUAUUUCAUUGGCCCAACUACUCCCAUAAGGGGCACAUAUUAUUUUGGACAUGAUUUAAAGAAAGUUUGCUCUGAUGUAGUUUGGUAUCCACAUUCUUGAUUAUCAUCUAUCAGAAAAAAGAAAAAAAAAUCUAUCUGAAAUAUGUUUGCUUGUAGAAUCAAGAGGCAUAAGACAAUAAUUUACAAAGUUAACUGAUUGAUUGAUUGGUUGAUUGAAUGAUUGAUGUACCUCACACCGAUAAAAUAUUUAGGCCUGUUUUUUCUGUAAAUUGUAAGUUAGUAACUAUGUUAAUGUAAAAGUGCAAAUAAAUUAAAUAAAUUGAAUAAUAAAAAGUUGUAAACAAGAAC